GACUUUUGUUCACUUGGAGCACCCAAAUGUUCCCAUUCUCCCACCUUCAUAACCACAACCACCGACCUUCACAACCAAUUCCUUUUCCUCUCCUCGGAUCUAGAUAUCACAAUGACCCAAGCAGAGGGUGCAGCCGUCAAAGAAAGGAAGAGAAGCCGGAGCAGGCACCAGAAUGGCCACCACAGCGCUUCAAGCGACGGGAGUGAAGCCGAGACCGCGAGCCAGUCAAGCAAGCGAAGCAGCAGGAAGCGCAAGGGCGACGACGAUGCCAAAGUCAACGGCAACCACUCCAAGAAGCAGCGCCGCCCAAGCCUGAGCCAGCCUGCGCGCGAUCCCCGUGAUACCACCACAUCCAAGUCCAAGAAGAAGUCGUCCAAGCCCAAAUCCGAGGGCGUCGUAACGAGGUCACCGAGCCCGGUGAUCGACUUUGACGGCCUGAGUCGCCCCAGCCUCGGAACCCGUGAACGUCUCGAUGAAUCCCCCGAGCAGGCUGCCGUUCGUCUCGAGAAGAUGAAGGGCGCCGUCCGCACCAUCCUCGAAUGCGUCGGCGAAGACCCCGACCGCCCCGGCAUCCUCGACACCCCGAGACGCUACGCCGAGGCCAUGCUCUUCCUGACCCGCGGCUACCAGCAGAACGUCAAGGACAUUGUCAACAAUGCCAUCUUCCAAGAAGGCCACAACGAGAUGGUCAUUGUCAAGGACAUUGAGAUCUUUAGCAUGUGCGAGCACCACCUCGUUCCGUUUACCGGCAAGAUGCACAUUGCCUACAUUCCCAAGAACCAGGUCAUUGGCCUGUCGAAGCUGCCCCGUAUUGCCGAAAUGUUCAGCAGACGUUUCCAGAUCCAGGAGCGCCUGACGAAGGAGGUUGCCUACGCCAUCAUGGAAAUUUUGAAGCCUCAGGGCGUCGCCGUUGUGAUGGAGUCCAGUCACUUGUGCAUGGUCAUGCGCGGCGUGCAGAAGACGACGGCUAGCACGAUAACUAGCUGCGUGCUCGGUGCCUUCGAGAAGAAGGAGAAGACCCGGAACGAGUUCCUCAGUUUGGUGGGGUUGAAGACAUAGACGGGCAUGCUGCGCAGAGGCACUCUGAGACAUUGCUCGAAAGGAACAUCUUCCGAGCGGCAAUGAUCUCGUCUGAUAUAUUGUUCUACACAUUCUCGGCGUUUGGUUUACACGGGCAUGCAUCACGAAUUGGAAAGACCAUGUUUAACACUGGGUCAAGCAUUGGCGAUUAUUGGGGGGUAGAUUUCAUGAGAAUGGGAGCUCAACGCUCGUUCUGGACUAAAAGAAUUUUUCAAAGCGCAAAAUACAACACUUACAUUGCUGGCUACUGGCUGGCUAGAUUG